UUCCGGUUCCUCAUCUAAGCAGAAGGCGACUUCAGCAUGGCUGACACCGGUCUUUUAGAGUCUUUAUUGCGGCUAGUGGAGGCCUCAGACUCCGGGAUUGACAGCCAGGAUGCCGCAGCGAAUCUCAGUCUCGAUCAUCAGCUGAUCGUCGGAGCUGUGAAGAGUCUGCAGGCUUUAGGAGAGGUGAUAACAGCAGAACAGAGAUCCUCUAAACACUGGGAGUUGACAGGAGAAGGCUCUGAGAUCGCCGAACAGGGCAGUCAUGAAGCCCGAGUUUUCAAUGCCAUCCCCGCUGAGGGUCUGCCACAGAAUGAACUCAUGAAAAUGCCAAGCGGGAAGGUUGGAUUCAGCAAGGCCAUGUCUAACAAAUGGAUUCGUUUGGAUAAAGGUCAUGAGGGAGGACCCAGAAUCUUCAGAACCGUGGAAACUAUUGAAGACACAGUGAGAGGGAAACUGCAGCUGGUGCAGAAAGGACAAUCCUCAAAACUGGAAGAGAAAGAAAAGAAUGAACUGAAGAAACGAAAACUGCUUGCUGAAGUGACGGUUAAGUCAUACUUCAUAGCUAAAGGAAGCAACUUCAGUACCACCAUUACAAAAGCAGAGACAGAACUCACUCCAGAGAUGAUCGCCAGUGGGAGCUGGAAGGAGAAGAAAUUUAAGCCCUAUAAUUUUGAAGCAAUGGGCGUGGCUUUAGACUGCGGUCACCUGCAUCCGCUCUUGAAGGUCCGGACGCAGUUCAGACAGAUCUUCCUCGAGAUGGGGUUCACAGAAAUGCCCACUAAUAACUAUAUCGAGAGCUCCUUCUGGAACUUUGAUUCCCUGUUUCAGCCCCAGCAGCACCCAGCAAGAGACCAACACGACACCUUUUUCCUUUCUGAUCCAGCACUGGCUCACGAGUUUCCUCACGACUAUCUGGAAAGAGUAAAGAAAGUUCAUUCUGAAGGUGGUUACGGAUCACAAGGGUACAAGUAUGAUUGGAAAAUUGAAGAGGCUCAGAAGAACAUCCUGCGAACACACACCACAGCGGUCAGCGCUCGGAUGCUGUAUAAACUCGCACAGCAGGAGAAGUUUACACCAGUGAAGUACUUUUCCAUCGAUAGAGUUUUCCGUAACGAAACCCUGGAUGCGACUCACCUGGCAGAGUUUCAUCAGAUCGAGGGCGUGGUGGCCGACUAUGGUCUGACCCUGGGUGACCUCAUGGGCAUUCUGCACCAGUUCUUUACCAAACUAGGAAUUACAAAAUUACGCUUCAAGCCUGCUUACAAUCCUUACACUGAACCUAGCAUGGAGAUUUUUAGCUAUCAUGAAGGUUUAAAGAAAUGGGUUGAGGUGGGGAACUCUGGGGUCUUCAGGCCUGAAAUGCUGUUGCCAAUGGGUUUGCCGGAGGGCGUGUCUGUCAUCGCCUGGGGUCUGUCCUUAGAGAGGCCUACCAUGAUCAAGUAUGGCAUCAACAACAUCCGAGAGCUCGUGGGGCACAAAGUCAACCUACAGAUGGUUUACGACAGCCCUAUAUGUCGACUGGACUCUUAAACUAUACACACUCGUCUCUCUAUGCAGGAUUACUCAUUCACAAAGGCUUGUCGAAAUACGCAAUGCAUAUGGAUUCAUUGAUCGUCUUGAUGGGACUCCAUUGUUACCAAGUCACACUGAUUUACAUUCUUCUCCUCGGACAUUAGGUUUGAAAGGAUUGUGUUGGCCGACAUCAAAGUUGUAAGGAAUUCGAGUAACAAGAAAAAACGAUUCACUUGUGAAUCUGAAUCUGACAACCCACAGAUAUUGUGUACCACUCAAGAUCUCCAGAAAUCAACCGUAUCAUAUUUGAUGAUUUUAAAUAAUGUGAUUAGUCUUGCGUUUAUCAUCAGAGCUUUGUUUAAAGAGCCACACAGAUUUUUUCCACAGCCUGUAAUACAAUAAAACUUAUUGAAGUCCUCUACUAUAUAUAUGCUUAAUUAAAAACAUUUCAAGUCACUAUUGAAGUCAUUUAAUAAUGCUUUUAAUGAAACCAUAGCCGUUUGGGAAUCCUGGGUCCUUUUCUUUGUAAAUGUUUGCAGACUGUAAGAUCAGAAACAAGUAGAAAAUUGCAUCUUUUAAGAUAUCUAUUGUUGAGGUUUAAAUGAAGGUUGUACGUCAAUUGUGUAAAUCCAGUGAACAUGGCUAAGCUUUCUGCCCUUCAUGUAAAUUUUCCUAAUCGGUUUUCUCCCAAUAUUUCUUUGUUGGACCACUAAGUGUAACAUUUUAUUGUUGGUCUAUGUAAACAUGCUGGAUGGAUGGGUCAAUAAGUGACAAACGCUGCCGUUGGGUUAAAUCAACCCGGAAAAUGUUUAGAUUUGAAAACAAUGGUUUAAAACAACAAAAUUACAAUUGAUCCACGGUUGUCCCUUUUUGACCCAAUGGUUGGAUGAAACAAACUUUUUUGGAGUGUGUAUCAUUGUUUUUCCCUUAUUUAAAAAUUUCUCGAGACUCCUGUGCUAUACUUCUUAAAGCUGCAUUUUGUGUGACUUCUAUAAGGUAAAACAAUAUAUACAUUAUUAUAUAUCAUAUGAACACAGUCCUGAUUUAAAGGGUUUGUUUGGAAGUAUUGUGUAGUAUUUGGACUUCAACAUAAAUGUCUUUGCUCACUGGUUGCUCUUUAGGAGAUGAGAGAUUGAGGGAAUCCUUUGUGAAGGAUUACGUCUUGUUUACUUAAGUGUCGUAACAUCUUAAGUGCCCGGGUCAAGCUAAUGCCCUGUCGAUUGGAAAUAGCCUGAGAUCAGCCUUAGUGUAGUCACAGCUUAACGUUUGCAAAUGCCAAAACUGGUUUCUAAUAAAUAACCACCGGAAAUAAAAUUCACUAGUAUUUUUCAUUCUCCGUUUUCAUUUUCAGUUUUUAAUGAGAGACCACGCUGUAAGGGGGAGUCGUGGUCUAAUGGUCAGAGAAUUGGAGUUGUAACCCGAAGGCUGGAAGCGACUGUGGUGCCCAUGGGCAUUGCACCU